UCAGAUGAAAAAGGUGUUGCCCUACACAGGGGUCCUCUUCAUUCUUCUUUUCGUUAUACCCUCUUACGGAAAUUUCCUUUUCCUUUUCUCUUUCUUCCUCUCUUGCUUUUUCAGCUAAAUAAAUAAGCUGAGACUGAGAUUGAGAGGAGCGAGAGAUUUUGCAUUGUACCUGCCUGAGUUCAAAGAAAACGAGAAAGGUAAAAAAAAUAAAAAAUAAAAAAUAAUGAACCCGCCGCCGAUUCUGAAGAAGUUGAAGGUGGAGGAGGCGAUCGCAACAGAUGAGAAGGAAGACGUGAAGUUGGUAUCGAUCGCUGAGCAAGAAGAAGCUCUGGUAGCUCUCACAGAGCAUCUCAAGAAGAGGAUAACCGAUUGCAAAUCUCAGCUGGAAGAAGCUGAGAGGAGGUUGCAAGAUUCAGAGUCUCGGCUAGCUUGUCUUAGAUCCCAACGCAGCACAAUAGGAUCAAGUAAAGCUGCGAGCAAUGGCAUUGAGCAUGUGAAAGUGGAGUGCAAAGCUGCAAGCCCUAUCCAUGAAAGCCAGCAUCGGACACAGGCCCAAUGUAAACCUCAACUUCUUAUUCCUGCAGUGAACCCCAAGGUUGCACAACCUCCAAAGUUGGCAGAGACUAGUAUGAAGGCGUCAAUUAAUCCUGGCAGCAGACCGAAGGCAUCACUUCCUGCUCAACAUAACAAUGUUGGAAAAUUAAAAAGAGAUGUUUCUCGCAGACCCUUUCCUGACAAGGAAGCCCUUGACUUACAGGAUAAGGCGACUAAAAGGAAGUUUGAACAGAAGGAGCAUAGGGACUUGAUUCCGAUGAUACGUAGCUGCUCGUCACCAUGCACAGUCCGCUGCCAACCUGGUGUCCACAUCUCUAGUCAACACAAGCGGAAGUUGAGAAGUCUUGCACUAAAUCCAGUCAAUGAUCAACUCUUUGUGACAAGCGCAUUGGAUGGGUUUGUGAACUUAUGGCAACUUCAGGCCAAAGGAUCUAAUGCAUCAUUACUUAGUUAUACCGAUUGUGUUUCCCCAAAGCAAAGGAGAUGGCCCGAGGAUAUAGCCUGGCACCCUGACGGAGAUAGCCUAUAUUCUGUGUAUACUGCUGAUGGUGGUGAUUCCCAGAUCUCAAUUCUGAAUCUCAAUUCCUCACAGGAAAAAAGAGUUACCUUUUUAGAAGAAAAGCCUCAUCUCAAGGGCAUUAUAAACAGUAUCAUUUUCAUGCCUUGGGCUGAUCUAUGUUUUACAACUGGUGGGAGUGACCAUGCUGUGGUACUCUGGAACAAGAAAGAUGGUGAAAACUCAUGGAAACCGAAGGCAUUGCACCGAAACCUACAUUCUUCUGCUGUCAUGGGAGUUGCUGGAAUGCAGCAAAAGCAGAUAGUAAUAUCUGCAGGUGCAGACAAACGAAUUGUUGGAUAUGAUCUACUGUCAGGGAGAGCUGAUUACAAACAUCAAAUUGAAAGCAAAUGCAUGAGUGUUCUACCUAAUCCAGCUGACUUCAAUCUAUUCAUGGUGCAAACAGGGGCUCCUGAGAAGCAGCUUCGGCUAUUUGAUAUCAGGUUAAGGCAGACAGAGAUUCAUGCGUUUGGGUGGAAACAAGAAAGCAGUGAGUCACAGUCGGCUCUGAUAAACCAGGCAUGGUCUCCUGAUGGUCUAUACAUCACCUCCGGCUCGGCGGACCCAAAGAUCCAUAUCUUCGAUAUUAGAUAUAAUGGUCGCAACCCCUCCCAAUCGGUGAAAGCUCACCAAAAACGGGUUUUCAAAGCUGUAUGGCACCACUCCCUACCACUUCUCAUCUCCAUUUCUUCGGAUCUGCACAUUGGGUUGCACAAGAUUAUUUAGGAGUCUUAAGGGAUACCCAUUAAUUGUAUUCAUCUUUCUUUUAGCUCAUUUUUUUGUUUAAUGGAGGAAAAUCACUGCAUUUGUAUCAAGGUCACCCUAAUUGAUGUUUCAUUGUAUGACAAGUUGGCCAUGUAAGCUCUGGCCAAGGUUUUUGAUGGUUUAAAAACCUCAAAGAGGUGUAGGAUUUGAGGAUGGGUAUAGCUGUAUCAAAAUCCAAAAUUCCAACAAACAGGAAGAUCCGUAGCAUUUGUUUAUAUAUAAUGUUUUCCUUUAAAAUU